CAGUUUCUGUUCACUUAAUUUUUUGUUUUCAAGUCGAGCAUCUGUUCGUGUUCACCAAAAUUUCCAUAGUUUUUAUUUUCAACAUUCUAUAAAUGGGAGGUGGUCGAAAUAAAGUACCAGAUGGAUGGAUCGGAUGUCCACAAAACGGAAACUAUCUGAUAGCAGGCAAAUUUAUGGCAUUGAAAACCCCCCUGUGUGACAGAUUUGAAAACAAUUUGGUCCCUGGAGAUACUUAUCCUCCUAAUGAGAUAUUCGUGAGAGCCAAAAGGAAUAAGGUGAGAAUUGGUUUGUGGAUAGACUUGACCAAUACUGAUAGAUAUUACAAAAAGGAAUCAAUCGAAUAUGAAGGAUGUAAAUACGUUAAAUUAGGCUGUCCAGGACAUGGAGAUUGUCCAUCAAUAGAAGCAACAAAUAGUUUUAUACACAUAGUAGAUAAAUUCGUGAAAGAACAACCUUCUGAUUGCAUAGCAGUACAUUGCACUCAUGGAUUCAAUAGAACAGGAUUUUUAAUUGUGUCUUUUCUUGUAGAGAAGCUGAAUAUUGAUGUUGAUGAGGCUGUGAAAUUGUUUGCUGAUGCCAGACCUCCUGGCAUAUAUAGAGGAAACUAUAUAAGUGAGUUAUUCAAGAGAUAUGGAGUAGCUUCAGAAGCACCCUCAGCCCCUAAGUUGCCCCCUUGGUGUGGGGAUAGACAUUUGAGGAGAAGGAGAAGAUAAUAUUCAUCAUCUAAUUUGAUUGAUAUAUAGGUACAGAUGUGGUCAGGGACUCUGAUAGUAUUUAUAACUAAUUAUACAUCAUAGGAAUUCUCAUUUUUAGUUGAAUAGAAAAAAUCAUUAAAGCAAAAGAAUACAGAUAAAAACAUAUAAAACAGCUCCCAUUGUUUUUGUAUAAUGAUCAUUAUUUAUUUAGGGAUUGUAAUUGUGGAUUUAUGCUGUUUUUAUUAUGUUGAUUGAACAGACCAUAUAUAGUUUAAUUCCAUAAUAUUUGUACAAUUGGUUCAAUUCAGAAGAACAUAAUUGAAUGUUGUUCAUCAAAUGCAAAACAAACUGAACUGAUCAAAUAUAAAGUACCUACAAUUAUUAUUUCUGUAUCUUAUACUUUUAUGCUCAUACACA